UAUUUGUUGCUGUAAUCCGGCUUAUUGUUUGACAUGGUAGUACGAAUGUGAUUUGAUAUUUGCAUUUUCAGUUUAUCAUAUCAAAAAUAUUAAUUGCUGUCACAAAGGCUUGAAGAAGCAGGAAUGAAAUUGUCAGUGAAUGAAUGAAUUCUUUGAUGUUUUUGAUUGUGUUGCAACAAAUGCAUUUUUCGUCUUUCAAAGAAAGACUUUUUUUUUCCUCAAACAAUCACGUGUUCCAAUCCGAGUUACUUCACACAUGACGCACAUACAACAUACAUAUUUCGACAAAAUUACAGGUAGAUAGCAGAAUUUUUAAUGCAAAAGAUACAUAUGAGUGACUGUAUUAUUUUUUUUUUUUUUCUCCACUUCACAUUAACAUCUUUACGACUGAAAAUGGCAGUUUGCGAUGACGUCACGUCGCCCAACUUAAUACAUAUUUAUUAGUAGGCGCGGCCUCACGCACGUGCAAACAUUUCUAAAAAGUGGACGCGAAUUUGUUCGAAGCUUCGAUGGAGACUUGAAUGGCGACUGGUGUUCUGUUGUCCUCGACGGAGAAGGGAGACCACGGUGGUUUGUGAAAUUAUCCAAGAUGCUCCAGGACGCCUACGGCUGCGUCGUGGCCAACCGGUUCGGGAAUCUUCCCGACGACGACAGAGACCCGCUGGACUUGAUAACCCAGGUGGAGAACGAGAAGGAGAAAACCAGGAAGAAGAAAAAGAAGGAGGAACAGGAGGAAGACGACAAAAAGGCCAAGCAGAAGAAACCCGGCCAGAAGGAAUCGCAAAGAGACAGGCGGAUGCCGAUCACAAAAAUGGCGAUUCCAGAACCAGAUGCAGUUCCCAGUCAGACCGCUCGAGGCACCGGAGAUGACAGAGCGGAGACCAAGAGGCGCUCAAAGGUGGCCGCCUUUGGCGAGCGCGGCGCCAACCAAGCUGUUUACCCGCAGGAGUUCUCUGUCCCCAAGUGUGUCUCCAAACCUAUCAGCGAUCAGGAUGCUGACCCCCGGAGCAGAGAGGGAGGCAGGGGUAGGAGAGGAGGAAGAGGAGGGUACACAAGGAAUUCGGUUAAUUUUGUCCUGAGGGGCAAAAGAGAAUAUGACCGACACAAUGGAACAGGUUACCCACCUGAUGAGAAGAGGGGUGGCAGAGGCCCCUGGAACUGGGGCUGUUUGGAAGAACCGGCAAGAGAGUUCAUGGAGGUGACACCUGAUGCUCAGGUGAAUUCUGAAGAAAAUCAAGCCCCAGUUGAGGAGAACCAGAGCACUGUGAUGGCAGAGGAGGAAGGUGAAAUGUUGGUUCAGGUCGGCGUGGAGAUGACUUUAGAUGAAUGGAAGGCCUUACAGGAGAUCAGUCGUCCGAAGGUGGAGUUCAAUAUCCGGAAAGCGGAGAACGCGAUUCCGUCAAAGGCCAAAGUCAUCCACAAGUCUAAACGUUUGGAGCAUCUUAAGGAGCACGUGGAGGAAAUGGAGGAUGACGGUAAUUUUCUCCGCCGGUCUGUGAAUGACAUCACCUCCCUCCUGGACAUCAACUUUGGUAGUCUGGGACGCCCGUCUCGAGGGGGUCGAGGCAGGGGGGCCCGCGGCGGUCUGUCGGGCCACCCGGAGAGAGCCAGACGCACACCGGAGAAGGUGGGUGAAGCUCCUGACCCAGACGACCCGGAAGACUUCCCGGCACUGUCGGCGGGCAAAUGAACGGAGUUCACGCUUCAUGUAGCUGGUUUGGGGUAAUAGGUUGCACUUAAACACCGGCUGGAACAACAGUUUUCAUGUUUCUGCUGUUCAAGGUUUGGUGUUUUAUUUUGCUGGGGUUUUGUGCCCAGUCACCAUUUGCAUGAAGCUUAUAAAGACGUAUGCAAAGGUUACUGCUGUUUUUUUUUUUUUUUUUAAAUAUACGGUACAUAAAUGCGGAUGAUCAGUGUGA